AGAGGUCGUAGUGGCUUCGAGUUUCCUUGAGUUCUCAAAAAAAAAAAACUUCAAACUUUAUCUUUGCCCCUGUCACCAACAGCUAUUAAUUACCCCAUCCCCAUCCCCCCAACCCAAAUUACCCAAUAUUAGAGGCACCCAUUACUUUGUGUCCUCCAUAUCUACCACAACAACAAACUUAAGCUUGUUCACUUCACAAACUUCCAAACUUUCUUCGUCUUUCACCUCAAAUCUUGAAAAUGGGCAUCAAGAUUUUCAUGUUCUCUUUGAUUAUACUAACCUCACUUCUCCUCAUCCUCAUCUACAUCCCCACCCAAUUUUCCCACUCACCCAUCACCAUUUUCAAGCCAAAAAAAACAUUCAUAAUCUCAAACACCACCAACACUUACCCUAUAAAAUUUGCUUACUUAAUCUCAGCUUCAAAAGGAGAUGUACCAAAGCUAAAAAGACUUCUUUUCUCACUAUACCAUCCUGCUAAUUAUUACUUAAUCCACUUGGAUUUAAAUGCACCACAAAAUGAACAUCAAGAGAUUUCAAGAUUUGUGAGUGGGAAUAAUGUUUUUGGAGAAAUUAAUAAUGUUUGGGUUGUUGGAAAACCAAAUUUAGUUACAUAUAGAGGACCAACUAUGCUUGCUAAUACAUUACAUGCAAUGUCUAUGCUUUUGAAGAUUGCUAAAUGGGAUUGGUUUAUUAAUCUUAGUGCCACUGAUUAUCCUUUAGUUACUCAAGAUGAUCUGAUCCAUGCCUUCUCUGAUUUACCAAGGAAUCUAAACUUUGUUCAACACACUAGCCAUAUGGGUUGGAAAUUGAAUAAGAGAGGAAAGCCAAUUAUAAUAGAUCCAGGUCUUUACACACUAAACAAAUCAGAGAUUUGGUGGGUUAUCAAGCAAAGAAGUCUUCCAACUGCUUUCAAGUUAUAUACAGGUUCAGCUUGGACAAUAUUGUCGAGAUCCUUUGCUGAAUACUGCAUAAUAGGCUGGGAAAACCUUCCAAGAACUCUACUUCUCUACUAUGCAAAUUUCGUGUCAUCUCCGGAGGGUUAUUUCCAAACAGUCAUAUGCAACUCCGAUGAAUACAAGAACACCACAGUGAACCAUGAUCUUCACUACAUUACAUGGGACAUCCCCCCGAAACAACACCCGAGAUCCCUAGGUCCGAAGGAUUACAGAAGAAUGGUCUUAAGCAACAGGCCAUUCGCCCGGAAGUUCAAGAACAACAACCCUGUCCUUAACAAAAUUGACCGCGAUCUUCUCAGAAGACGAAACGGCCAGUACUUCUCAGCCGGAGGAUGGUGCUCCAAUGACGAUGAACGAGGUUGUUUGAAUCUACAGGGUGAGAAAUAUGGCGUUUUAAGGCCCGGAACGGGUGCCAAAAGGUUGAAAACUUUGUUGAAGAAAUUAGUAUCUGCACCACAUUUUGGUAAGAGGCAGUGUAGAUAAGAUGGAAAUGGAACUUACUUUUUGCUGGAAAUAUAGAAAAAUAUAUUUUGUGGAAAACAUACAAAAUGUUAGGUCAAUUCUUGAUAAUUGUCAUAGUUCAUGAGUUGGAAUAUUACAUCAAGUGUGUAGGUCAUUGUUGUCCAAUUCAAUAUGAUCUAAGAUUAGAGGUGUUGUAUCAUUGCUACUAUUAUCAUCAUUACUACUACUAUUUUUUA